AUGAAGUUCCUCUGUUUCUUCACUCUGCUUUUGGUAUCACAGUCUAUUGCGUUGACAGAGAAAAAGGAGAUUGAAUGUGAAAUGUGCUUAGAAUGUGAGAAUCCAUGUGAUCAGCCACCACCUCCAUCUCCUUCGCCGCCUCCACCGCCGCUAGAGAUAUUCUGUCCUCCACCGCUUUCCCCACCUAUGCCACCACCACCGCCGCCGCUAGAGAUUUUCUGUCCGCCGCCACCUUCUCCACCACCGCCUUCUCCUUCUCCUCCACCCCCACCUCCUUCACCACCACCACCGUGUACUCACUGCCAAGUACCGCUUCCUCCGCCAUUGCCGCCGGUUUGCAAUGAAUGCGUUCCCAACAGGCCAAAACCGCCGAUCAUCAUCACUGCCGCAGAAGCGUCACCAGAGGUUUCUGCUACAAUAAACGUCGUAAUCGCUCUUGCCUUUCUCGUUUUCUCUUUGCUUCAAUCAAUCAGCUAG